CGGUCCCGCCCCCGCCGGGAGUCCGACGUGGAAGUUGCUGGCGGACCAGGCUUCCAAGGUAACCGCCUCAGAGCUGGAGCCGCGGCUAGCUGAGGUGGCGGCGCCGAGACUCGAACAGGAGUCGCUCCCGAGGCCGGGGCCUGUCUUUGACGAUCGACGAAGGCAGACAGGCGUUUCAUCAUGGGUGGCUUUUUCUCAAGUAUUUUUUCCAGUCUGUUUGGAACCCGGGAAAUGAGGAUUUUAAUUUUGGGAUUAGAUGGAGCAGGAAAAACUACAAUUUUAUACAGAUUACAGGUUGGAGAAGUCGUUACUACUAUUCCUACCAUUGGAUUUAAUGUUGAGACAGUGACAUACAAGAACCUUAAAUUCCAAGUCUGGGAUUUAGGAGGACAGACAAGUAUCAGGCCAUACUGGAGAUGUUAUUAUUCAAACACAGAUGCAGUCAUUUAUGUCGUAGACAGUUGUGACCGAGACCGAAUUGGCAUUUCCAAAUCAGAGUUAGUUGCCAUGUUGGAGGAAGAAGAGCUGAGAAAAGCCAUUUUAGUGGUAUUUGCAAAUAAGCAAGACAUGGAACAGGCCAUGACUCCUUCCGAGAUGGCAAAUUCACUUGGGUUACCUGCCUUGAAGGACCGAAAAUGGCAAAUAUUCAAAACUUCAGCAACCAAAGGCACUGGUCUCGAUGAGGCAAUGGAGUGGUUAGUUGAAACAUUAAAGAGCAGACAGUAAUUCAAUCACUUCUCUGAAAUGAAGACCACAUCACAUAGUCCUUUGGAAACAGUUAAGUGUGCUUCACACUACUAAAUGUUAAAACUGUGUGAUUAUUGGCAUAUACUGAACUGACUGCAAUGUUUGUAAUAAAUAUAGAAAAUAAGUAUUUGGUUGGAAGGGUAACUCAUCGUGAUUGAACCAGCUGAAUGUCCUGUGUAAUGUAAAAUAUUCCUUCCUUGCUUUCUUGUGUUAAGGUACAUAUUCUCUUUGUAUGGAAUUCUUUUUCAAAUAUAGUCCUAUUAAAGAAUGUACUCUUAUUGAGGAAAAAACCCUCCUAUUUUUGAAUUAGUGGUUGCACCUUGUUUGUAUAAACAUUAAUAAAUAUCUUAACUCAGACUUUUCCCCCCUUAAAUGAAAAUAAAGUUUUUCCAAAGAUUAGACUCAGUAGAGUUGGCUAGGACAUAGUGUGGCUAAUACAGUUUUCAUUUGCUUAAUGACCACUUUAUUUAAGCUGUUUAGUUUAAAAGCUUUUGGUUAUAGGCAUGAAGUAGAAAUAAUUAUUUUGGUGGUUAACUUCACUGACUUAUCUGUAAUUGUUAUUUUACAGUACUUUAUAGUUGUGAAAACAGUUUUAUGUAUAUUGACCUAGUUGAUUUAUAUAGGAACCCUGUGAUGUAGGUAGGACAGGUUGUAAUGUGUUCAUUUUAUGGAUGUGGACCCAAGGUUCUGAUAGGUUGGCUUGCCCAAGGUCACUUGCUAGUGAGGUAGGAACACGGCUCACCUGCUAGUGAGGGGGGAACAGAGCUCAAAGUAAGACUUCAAGGUCAGAAGCUUGUCCCAUCAUAAGCUACACCAUAAAUACCUGAAAAUGCCAACAUUGGCAACACUGACAACCCAACUCCUUAAAUAAAAUUAUGCUUAAUCGAAGUAGACAGUAUUCAAAAUAAUGUCUAUAAAUUUAUUUGUCCAUACUAGUAGAGGUAGUAUAAACAAUCCUACAUGAUCCUAUUUGAUGGAAUUCACAACACAUUGAAGAAAAAAUUCACAUUAAAGGAAAUAAAAAAAUCUAUUUUAAGAAGCAUUGAAAAA